CAUAUCUGCAAACUGAACUACCCAAGAGUUGGAAGAUUCCUAAGUUCACAAAGUUUGCAUAUAAUAUAACACUAAAACUUCAAAUUAUAGGGCUGCGCGUCCCGUCUUGAGUCUUGUGUGCUUGAGAUGGAGAAAUCUCAAUCUCAACUCAAGUGGCAGCGCUAGUAGGAUACUCAAUGGUCGAGGACAGUGAUAAUCAGCAUUGAACAAACGAUCCCGACAGUAAAUUGAGAUUUACGGUUCAAACCUUAGUUUGAUUCCUUGUUGCAACAAAUUUGAUUUCAUCACAUGAAACAAAUGAACGUAUGCUCAAAGUUUUCCUCUUUCCUCCCCAAUCCCAAAAACCCUUUACCUUCCUUCAAAUUUACAUCCUUCUUUUCAACCACUCCACAAAACCCAACACCAUACAUUCUCACCAAAUGCAUUGCUCUCUUACAAUACUGUGCCUCUUCCAAACACAAACUAAAACAAAUCCAUGCAUUUUCCAUAAGACACAAUGUCCCACUCAACAACCCCGACAUGGGAAAGUACCUUAUUUUCACUAUUGUUUCACUCUCCGCACCCAUGUCUUACGCCCACAACGUUUUCACCAUGUUGCAUAACCCAAACGUGUUUGCUUGGAACACCAUGAUUAGGGGUUACGCUGAAAGUGAUAACUCAACUCCUGCACUUCCAUUUUACCGUAAAAUGUUGGUUUCGUGCGUUGAACCUGAUACUCACACUUACCCUUUUCUUCUUAAGGCUAUUUCCAAGUCAUUGAAUAUUAGAGAAGGGGAAAUGAUUCAUUCGGUCACAGUAAGAAAUGGGUUUGAGUCGUUGAUUUUUGUUAGGAAUAGUUUGCUUCAUAUAUACGCUGCUUGUGGUGACACUGAAAGUGCACACAAGGUGUUUGUGUCAAUGGAUCAAAGAGAUUUAGUUGCUUGGAAUUCUGUCAUUAAUGGGUUUGCUCUCAAUGGAAGGCCUAAUGAAGCUUUGACUUUGUUUAGAGAAAUGAGUUUGGAAGGCGUGGAGCCGGAUGGGUUCACUGUGGUUAGUUUGCUGUCUGCUUGUGCUGAGCUUGGAGCUCUAGAAUUAGGACGUAGGGUUCAUGUGUAUUUGUUGAAGGUUGGAUUGACACAGAAUAUGCAUGUGAAUAAUUCAUUGUUGGACUUUUAUGCGAAAUGUGGGAGCAUAAGAGAGGCACAACAAGUGUUUAGUGAAAUGAGUGAGAGAAAUGUGGUUUCCUGGACUUCUUUGAUUGUUGGUUUGGCUGUUAAUGGGUUUGGUGAGGAAGCACUUGGGCUUUUCAAAGAAAUGGAGAGACAAGAGCUUGUACCUGGUGAGAUAACUUUUGUUGGUGUCUUAUAUGCUUGCAGCCAUUGUGGGAUGUUGGAUGAGGGGUUCAAUUAUUUUAGAAGGAUGAAAGAGGAAUAUGGUAUAAUGCCAAGGAUAGAACAUUAUGGUUGUAUGGUGGAUCUAUUGAGUAGGGCUGGUUUAGUGAAACGAGCUUAUGAAUAUAUUCAGAAUAUGCCAAUGCAGCCAAAUGCUGUUAUUUGGAGGACCUUGUUAGGGGCAUGUACAAUACAUGGAGAUUUGGGAUUGGGAGAGAUAGCAAGAUCCCACCUCUUGAAGUUAGAGCCUAAACACAGCGGGGAUUAUGUGCUUCUCUCAAAUCUUUAUGCCUCUGAACGUCGUUGGUCUGAUGUCCAGACAGUGAGGAGGUCAAUGAUAGAGGACGGAGUUUGGAAAACGCCUGGCUAUAGUCUCGUUGAAUUGGGAAACCGGGUUUUUGAAUUUACCAUGGGAGAUAGGUCUCAUCCCCGGAGUCAGGAUGUGUAUGCACUGCUAGAGAAGAUCACAGAAUUGUUGAAGUUAGAAGGUUAUGUGCCUCACACCGCAAAUGUGCUUGCGGACAUAGAGGAAGAGGAGAAGGAACAGGCUCUCUCUUAUCACAGUGAAAAAGUUGCAAUUGCUUUUAUGCUCUUGAAUACGGCACCAGGGACUCCAAUCAGGGUCGUGAAGAAUUUAAGAGUCUGCGCAGAUUGUCAUAUGGCCAUCAAACUCAUAUCAAAGGUUUAUGAUAGAGAGAUUGUUAUCAGGGAUCGUAGUCGGUUUCACCAUUUUAGAGGUGGUUUUUGUUCCUGUAAAGACUACUGGUAAUGACAUCUUGUGAGUACAAUGCUGUAUUGUUUUUGAGGUAAGACUUGGUGAUUAGAUAGGCAGUGAGACAUGGCUGAAGAUUUUGCUAACUUGCAGUCAUUCUCGGUAAAUACUUUUUACUGUAGGAAAGCCCCUUUCUCCUCCCAUGAAUAAAUUGCUUAACCUCAAAUGAUGUUACAUGUCACAUUCAAACAUUAAUUUAUGCUUCAGUAGUAAUGACAUGUGUCACAUACCAUUUAUUUGGAAGAAAAAAAAAAGGAUAUUCGCAGAGCUGACACUUGUAUCAUUUCAAAUACUUGAGCAGUAUAUUCCUUCAAGUUUCUAUUGUUGUUUCACUUUUUAGAAUGAGCCAAGGUGCAAGAAAUCACGGCCUUGAAUUUCAUUUUGGUGAAACGAAAAAUGCUAAAACACUUUUCCUGGAUUGCUUUUAUCACGGGCUUCCGUGUAGGUGGUCUACAAGAGACCAAAAAUAAUGCAAUUUUUUAUCAUUUGAACUUGUCAAUUUUCCGUUCUUUCCCUCAUUUUUGGUACAACCACAGUACAGAGGCAGCCGUGCACCACCUCCACAGCUUCAUGAGGAAAGCAUAAGUGGAAGAAAAAAAUCAAAAGAGGAAGGAAUUUGAUGACUUGAAGGCACAUUGUUAUAAUUCAAAUUCAAGAUGUCUAGUUACCUGUAUGAUCAAAAGUUAUGAGAAAUGAAGACAUAAAAGGUAAAUUGAUGCUUCAUUGAGUUGAGGUGCUUGAUCCCAGUUGCCUAGAUUGACCGCUUGAAGAGUCUAUUUGUUCUGGUGGGUUGGUAAGUGUUGUGAGUUGAGAAAGCAUGCUACUUUGAAUAAUCAAGAAUUGAUUCAGUAAAUUUGGUUUUAACAUGAUUGAUUGCUCUUAAGUGAAAUUGAUUUUGUUUCUAGAAAUAUCAUAACUUGGAGUUAUGAUUUGUAAUUUUGUAGUCUAAAUGUGAUUUUUAUAUUCAAACUAGUAAUAAACCCGUGCGUUGACACGGGUUCUGGUACGGAACGCGCAUUUAUUUUAGAUGUAUACUUUUUAAUAGAGAAAUGUUUGGUUAUCCGUGAAAAAAUAAUACU